AUGGAUCCUGCAGACGAUAAUGCCCAACCCACAUCACCCAGCAGCACGGAUCCCAAGGCUGUCAACAGAGCCCGAUUUGAACUGGAGCUGGAAUUCGUGCAGGCUCUCGCAAAUCCAUUCUACUUACACUCCCUGGCGCAACAGAACUUCUUCGAGCAGCCAGCGUUCAUAAAUUACCUGGAAUAUCUGCUUUACUGGAAGGAGAAAGAAUAUGCGCGUUUCAUACAUUACCCACAUGCCCUCCAUCAUCUCGAGUUGCUGCAGACCCCGGAAUUCCGAGCGAUGAUGAAGAAAGACGAGGCCCUGAGGGAAUAUCUGCAGCAAAAACAACACGAUCACUGGCGGAGCUGGCGAGAUCCCAAUCAUCUGAACCGUACCAAGCAGCCCGUGGCUUCAGAAUCUCACGAUGAGGGGGGAAACCCCACCUCCACCGGCACAAACCCAACUUGA